GUUGUUAUUCUACUUCCCAAACUGUGUCUUUUCUUCAUUACCUGGAUUUUUGUUCUUGGCCUGUCAUACCGGUUGAGGCACGUCCAAAACUGGCUGCAACUCGUUCACCAUGGUCCAAAUCAGCGAAGUGAAGGGCAAUUCGCGCGAGAGCAGGACAGCAGCGCAUACGCAUAUUAAGGGUCUGGGUUUGCUUCAGGAUGGCACUGCAGAGUCAUCUGCAGAUGGAUUUAUUGGGCAAACCGCUGCCAGAGAGGCUUGCGGUGUUGUGGUAGAUCUGAUCAAGACAAAGAAGAUGGCCGGACGCGCAGUUUUGCUUUCUGGUGGCCCUGGAACCGGAAAGACUGCCCUUGCGCUCGCCGUUUCUCAGGAACUGGGAACGAAGGUCCCUUUUUGCCCGAUUGUUGGCAGCGAAAUUUAUUCGGCUGAAGUUAAAAAAACCGAAGCACUCAUGGAGAAUUUUCGGAGAGCUAUUGGUCUCCGAGUCCGCGAGACCAAGGAUGUGUACGAAGGCGAAGUCACAGAGUUGACACCUGAGGAGACUGAAAACCCGCUAGGUGGCUAUGGGAGGACAAUCAGCCAUUUGAUUAUCGGGUUGAAGUCCGCCAAGGGGUCCAAGAAAUUGCGUCUGGAUCCGAGCAUCUACGAAGCCAUCCAGAAGGAACGGGUUACAGUCGGCGACGUUAUCUACAUCGAGGUGAACACUGGAGCCUGUAAAAGAGUCGGGCGUUCGGAUGCUUAUGCGACUGAAUUCGAUCUGGAAGCUGAGGAGUACGUUCCUGUUCCGAAGGGCGAAGUUCACAAGAAGAAGGAAAUUGUGCAAGAUGUGACAUUACAUGACCUGGAUAUGGCCAAUGCUCGGCCACAGGGCGGGCAAGACAUUAUGAGUAUGAUGGGGCAAUUGAUGAAGCCGAAGAAGACCGAAAUCACGGAAAAGUUACGCCAGGAAAUCAACAAGGUCGUCAAUCGUUAUAUCGACCAAGGUGUUGCCGAGCUUGUCCCGGGGGUUCUCUUCAUUGAUGAAGUCCAUAUGCUUGAUAUCGAAUGUUUCACCUACCUGAAUCGCGCUCUUGAAUCGUCUAUUUCCCCAAUUGUCAUCCUCGCAUCCAACCGCGGCAACACCGUUAUUCGUGGCACCGACGGUAUCACGGCACCACACGGCAUUCCACCGGACUUUCUUGCCCGUCUACUUAUCAUUCCCACUCACCCUUACUCUUCAGAAGAAAUCAAAACCAUCAUCCGUUUGCGUGCCAAGACUGAAGGUAUCAGCAUCACCGACGCUGCCCUAGAUAGGGUCGCCGAGCACGGCAGCAAGGUCAGCUUGCGGUAUGCCCUGCAAUUGCUCACACCGGCGAAUAUCCUUGCCCGAGUAAACGGACACCCUGGAGGCAUCGAAGAAGCAGACAUAGCCGAGUGCCAGGACCUGUUCAUCGAUACGCAAAGAAGUGCAGCCAUUGUCAACCAGGAGCAAGGAGGCUUUAUAUUAUGAGAAGUUGUUCCUUCUGGUUUAGCCAGUUCGUCGUUUUCCUUUCGUCUGGGUGAUAAAUGGUAAUUGGGAAGGUUUAAGAUAAAACAAGUUGUUCCAUGUAUACCUAUUACAAUCAUGUCUGAUACGCGAGAAGUAUUCUAAAGUCUUCAUGAUAAUGCUAACUAGAGGCUCGGUGGUGUUUCUUUUCUAAACUUUUCGACUUAGUAAUUUUUAUCCAUUCUGGUAUUUCUACAAGACCAUUCCCC